CGGCCCACUGUCUGACAGUAGUCCUGCAGCGACACAGGGAUGCAUUACAAAUGGAACACAUUCGUAUUCAGUUAUUUCUUGUAUUUAAUGAAGGGCUCGUAUGGAGGCACAUGUUCUACAAACUGUGCGUCAAAGACAUGUGAUGACCCUGAUGGUGGAUGUCCUAAAUGCGAGAGGAAUUGGUGGGGACGACAGUGUGACAACCCCAUGGGUUGUUUUUGGGCUGAUGAUCCAGCAAAAUACCGUGGCACGGCGUCAGUGACGGUUAGUGGGCGCGUUUGUCAACAAUGGUCCAGUAACACGCCACACAAACACAGAUUCGGAAACCUUACUCAAGGAGCCAAAAACUAUUGCCGUAGCUCUGACAACCACCCAACACCCUGGUGUUAUACAACUAACAAAAACGUUCGUUGGGAGGUGUGUGACGUUCCUACAUGCGAUUCAAAAAAACUAUGCCCUGUACCUCCAUUCCCUGUACACAAAGUACUACCAGUAGGCGUUCCGUUUUCAAAGCCUUUCUUUUCUGGAACAUCUCUGCGCGUGGUAAAUUCGUGUGGAACUCUUCAAAGGGAGGCGACGAUAUGGUGUCAAUCUAACAAGACGUGGGCUUCAUCUGAAGGCUGUACAGAUUUAACCCCCUUCUGUCCGAGGCCCGCUUUGGAGAGGAACAGCUACAUUUUUGCUGACCAUGACUCUGUCUAUCACCACAAUGACACCGUGGAUAUUCGCUGUUUACCUGGAUUUAACAUCCGAGGAUAUGGUAUUCUGGAAUGCCAAGAAGAUGGUUCCUGGAAUGGCACUUUACCCACUUGCUUUAUGAAUGGUAGUCAUCUUUGUCCUCCAAUGUGUGAGGACGACCUUACAUGCGACAAUGAAGACAGAGGUUGUCCGAAGUGUAAGCCGACAAGGUGGGGAAGACACUGUGAAUAUCGCGUGGAAUGUUUCAACACAGAACGCGGGUCUGAUUACAGAGGAAUACAAAACAGGACGGCCAAUGGCAUUCUUUGUCAGAACUGGAAGAGCCAAUCUCCACACAGUCAUCCUUUAAGCAACAGGGUCGAUGACGGAGCCGCUAACUACUGCCGCAACCCUGACCUUGAACUUACUCCAUGGUGUUACACAACUAAUUCCCGUGUCCGCUGGCAACAAUGCAACGUGCCGAAAUGUGACACGGUGUGCCCUCCUCCUACGCUGCCCAUGUACAGUCAUCUGGUAGAGGUUACAAAUAAACCAUUCAACAUAGGCUACAAUAUGUUUGUGGAAAUGAGAUGUGCCGACCAAAACGUGACCAUGGUUACCACGUGCCAGGAUGACUUGACCUGGUCGCAUAAUGUGUCAUGUGAAGUUGUUCACUGUGUACGACCUACGCUCCAUAACAAUAGCUUUAUAGUUGGAGAUGCCACAAGCAGACUGUACGCUCAAAACGAUACCAUUGAGGUCCAGUGUCCCGAGGGUUUUACCCAGAAGGGUGGACAUUUGUUCCGGUGUCAGGGUGACCGAUCAUGGAAUGGAACCAUGCCUACCUGUGAUGGGGGUAUCUGUCCGCCUAUGUGCGCAGAAGGUGUACCCUGUACGGAGCCUGAUGGAGCGUGCCCUCGGUGUAAACCUGGUUGGUGGGGCCGCCAUUGUCAGUACCCUAUGGAAUGUUACGAUGGCCGCGGAGCGAAUUACAAAGGGACGACUGCAAUUACCGUUAGUGGGCGAAAAUGUCAGGAAUGGAUGUCGAACUCACCUCAUAGGCACAAACUGAAGUUGGCAAACUCUGGAAACCUUUGUCGGAAUCCAGACAACGAACCUAAGCCUUGGUGCUAUACUGUAGACCCGAAGAGGCGAUGGGAAGUCUGUCCAGUUCCAAGAUGCAAUAAUGGUGCCCUGUGCCCACCACCAACUCUGCCUAUGUACUCCAGCGUACUGUCACCAGUAAAUCUGGCAUUUUACACGGGUUCUACAUUGUUGGUGAACCUUACGUGUGGAGACACCCAAGAGCAAGUCAACAUAAUUUGUCAAGCAAACAGAAAAUGGACAAUGAAUAGAUUAUCCUGUUCUUUGACGUUUUGCGCUAGUCCCGCACUGAAAAACAACAGUCGUAUUAUUGAAGACACGGGAGGUCCGUAUCAGCAGAACGAUACCAUUCAAGUAGCAUGUGAUCAAGGUUUUGAAACCAAAGGACAAACGAUUUUUAAUUGUCAGAACAACUCUCAGUGGAACGGCACCAUGCCAGCAUGCGAAGGUGUCCGUUGUCCAGAACUUAGACCAACAACAAACAGCUUCUUGAUGGACAAAUCUGUACAAUAUACAUACACCCAUAUCGCCACGGUCGAAUGUGAUACAGGUUAUAGAUUGAUAGGGGAAGCACACCUGCAUUGUCAGGCAGAUGGCACGUGGAACUCGUCAUUGCCAAUCUGUCAAGCGGUGGUUUGUCCGGUGCCACUUCUGAACGACCACAGCUUUGUAGAAAAUGGAAGUGACUCGUUCUCGUUCGGAGAUGUUAUCAUGGUACGGUGUAAGGAUGGUUAUCAGCUUUACGGUUACGAUACGUUUGUGUGUAAGAAUGAUGGAAGCUGGGAUGGAAAGUUUCCCGUUUGCAAAGAAGGAACCUGCCCUUUACACUGCAAGGCUAAUCAGACAUGUGUUGACACGGACGGAGGCUGUCCGGAGUGUGAUUCGGCGUGGUGGGGAAGACAUUGCGAGUACCCUCUCGGAUGUCGUCUGACACAAAAAGGAAAAGAAUAUCGCGGAGAUAUUAACUCUACAGUGAAUGGGCGAGUUUGUCAGGAAUGGUCUGAUACAACACUUCAUUCUCACCGCUACGCGAAGUUCGUUGACAAAGAGGCUAGAAACUUCUGUAGGAAUCCUGACAAUGAGAUUAGCCCUUGGUGUUAUACCCUAGACCCAGAUGUGCGUUGGGAGAUUUGUCCAGUUCCACUAUGUUCCUCGUUAAAUCAGUGUCCGCCGCCGGUACUACCACAAAACGUUACCGUAGUCAACCCACCAAAGAUCGCCUUUUUCACAGGCUCUGUGCUUCUGUUAGAGCUCCAGUGUGGGGAAGGACUCAGAACAGUGGCUACUCCACGGAUAUCAUGUCAGGAAAACGGCACUUGGACAUAUAGCAUUCCGACAUGUCAAGCUGUGCGUUGCAAGCACCAACCCCUCCCUGAUCACACCUACAUCACAGGGAUGUUUGUAACGCAUUUCCCAUAUGUCGUGACUGUACAGGUCAGUUGUAAAGAUGGGUACACCCUGGAGGGGACUUCUGAGUUAACCUGUUCUGAACAGAACUAUUCCUGGAAUUUAGAAAGGACGCGGUGUAGAGCUGUUAUGUGCCCAAAACCGAAAUUGUUGUCAUUCAGUUACAUUGACCCGAUAAAGAACGAGUAUCCUUAUGGCAGCCAAGUAUUGGUAAAGUGCAUUAAUCAAUACAAUCGUGUUGGACAAGGAAGUUUUAGCUGUCUUUCAGAUGGCCGCUGGGACGGAGAAAUGCCUGAGUGUAAAGCUCCAUCAUGCAGUCUACCGGAUGUACCCCCGUCCCAUGUGGUCAUUGUCCGGUCCUUGGCUGACCUCAGUCCAGGAGGUAAUGUGACGGUUGUGUGUCGAGGUUUACACAAUGGUACAUCUGUCUUGCAGUGCUUACCAAACGGAACGUUUUCAGGAGCGAUACCCAAGUGUAAUGGUGUUAAAUGCCCUCUGCCGACUUUGACCAACAACAGCUAUAUAGAGCAUAGAACAUUAUCGUUCGUUUACGGGGAUGCGUUAAAGAUUUUGUGUAAAAGGGGUUUCACUCCAAAAUCUCAUGAUGUCCUCACCUGUCAGCUAGACGGGUCGUGGUUCGGUCAGGUUCCAGAAUGCGUACCGGUGACAUGUAGUCCACCAGAUAUGCCACCAGAAAAGUACGUAAUCAUGAAUCGUAGUGAGGACAUGAAUGUUGGUGGUACGCUGCAACUUAAUUGUGUCAGCGGAAUGGAACUGAAAGGUCCUGCUGAGCUCACCUGUUUGGUCAACGGUUCCUGGUCGUACGACACAAGUGAAUGUAUAGUGUCCAGCUGCUCAAGUCCGGUAUUGCCUGACCACAGCGUUAUAGUUCGGGGUAUGAAAACUGUUUACAGUUACAGAGACAAGAUCUUGGUGAUAUGCGCGGAAGGAUAUAGUCCCCAAAUUCCUGUCGCUUUAGCUUGUCAGCAUGACAAGACAUGGAACGGAACAAUGCACAGAUGUGAUGCCCUUUCAUGUCAAGUGCCCACCCCUCCAGAUACGCUGCAGUAUAUUAUAAAUAGCUCCUCAGACCUAUUGUUUGGUGGAACGCUGACAGUUGCAUGUAAGUCUGGCUAUAAGACUGUCGGGAAUAAAGAGAUGAUCUGUGAAGCAAACGGCCAUUGGGGAGGUCAUCUGCCAGACUGUCAAGCAAUGAUGUGCGCGCUACCGAGUCUGUCUUCCGACCUGUAUGUGAUGGUGGAGCAGGGUAGUGGCGUCACCCCCGGGGAUGUCAUAUCUAUAUGGUGCCGGCCGGGGAUGAGGGUAGUAGGUUCCUCGUAUAUGAAAUGUCUUAAGGACGGGACCUGGAACGCUUCCACUCCAACAUGUCAAUAUAUAUCGUGUGCGCCACCUUUGGAAGUUGAAUACAAUAUCAUACCAAAGAAGACGAGCUACCUGUAUAAGGAUAUUGUUAGUAUCAAAUGUAAGGAUGGAUUUGAACUCCAGGGCUCUCGUACACUUCAGUGUGGACUUGACGGCACAUGGGGGAAACUCGAAUCCAUAUGUACAGCGGUGAAAUGUCCACUUCCGACAUUAAAUGACCUGCAUGUGAUGAAGAUGGAUGCCGGUGCUUCCUUGUCUGUAGGAGGGGUGAUAUCUGUCGGCUGUAAAAAUGACAAAAAAUACGUUGGUCUGAUGUGCACGAAAGAUAAAAGAUGGAAUUCGUCAUUACCAGCUUGUGAUAAAAUAAAAGGAAAAACUCCAUUAAAGAUGUUACCGGAAGCAGAUUCUGGCGAAGAAUUAAGUGUACUUGAUAAAGGCAUCAUUGCUGCCUGUGUAAUCAUAAUUCUCGGUACAGCAGUAGCAACAGCAACAUAUUUUCUUGUAAGAAAAUUCAGAAGAAAGACAAGCCGAAAGAGUUCUAAUAUAAAUAUUACUUAUAAAGAUAUGGAAGACGAAUUGUGACGACGCAGGACACAAGAAAGAGAGAAACCCUACAUUGUGAACAGAGAACAAUUAUGAAAUAGUUAUUGCUUCUGAUUUUAAAAUGUCCUUAUUCAGAUAUUUUGCUGGUGUAUAUUUGUAAUACGUUAAUCAAAUGUUGAUAAAUAUCGCAUUUGGAACCUAUUUUGUCUGCUCACACACACUUCAUUAUCACUGCCAGAGAAAGAUUUGUUUUUAUGUGAACGUCUACCAAGGGACACAACCGCGGUGUCCUUUAUGUAUAACUCUUUGAAUGUUUGCUAAGAAUGAUGUAUUUUUAUCAUCCAUAUUAAAAACGAUGCAGCUUUAUAUUCUUAAAAUAGAAUACAUGUUACCUAUUAGCUGAUUGUGUCUUUUCUUUCGUCGAUGAGAAGUAAUGUUAGAGCAUUUAUGAUAUUUCUUUUAUCCAUAUAUAACUGAUUCCUGUAUGUUACUUUUUAAGAAUGCUUUAUUGUUCCGAUUCUGUAUGUUUCUGAAUUGAUAUUCAAAUUCUAAAUUGAAAUCAGAAAGACUUCACGCAAAAUAUCAGUUUAAAGUUUUGUUUGACAUCUCAUGAUCGCCAAUAUAUUUCAAAAUCAUCUCGUUCUUAAUUACUUUUCUCUGUUCAUAUAUUUUCGGACACUUUUAUAAUAUCCCUGGACAUAUGGUAUAAGUAACUUUUACUGUAAAACAUACUAUUUCACAAGCUAUGCAUACUUAUAUAUCAAAAUAGUACUUAACAGGUAACAAUACUCAUAUAUCAACAUAUUGUGUGGUUAGGAGAUAUGCUGCUCUCGGCUCAACCAUCUCUCCUUUAUCUUUUCAAAUGCCGCUUGAAUUUAAUUUUCUUGAACAAUGAGAUUUUCAAUAAAUGAGGCUUUAUUGUUAAUUUCUAUAAGUAGACAGUCUUUUAGAUUUAAAGCUGGUGGUGGAGCACCAGGCAUCAAAAGUGUCCUAACGUACAUUAUAGGAUAAUGGUGUAAAUCUGUCUUCGUCGGAUACAUGGGCAAUAACUCCGAGCCACUCGUCCAAUUAUUUCAAAGAGUCUCUGAGAGCAUAAAUUUAACUGCCUGUGAAGGAGAAAUAGACAAUGAUAUGUGAUAAGCGUACUUCCAAUGGUGAUCACCAGAUGUUAUUACAGUAUCACAUAUUGAAGGAAAGACAGGUAUACAUUCCCUGUUUAAUAUUGUUAUUGAGUCCCUUUAUAACUCAUCAGUGGCUGGUCAAGCAAAAUGAAUAUAAGACUUGUGUACAACUUUGAAUAUCACAGAUACGGGUAUUAUAACAAUGCAACACAUGCCAACAUAACGGGAGGUCUAUAGGGGAUCAGUAGAUCUGGGAAAUACUUAUUCAUGCAUUAAAUACAUGUAUGUAUGGGCAAACAGUAACAGUAUACUUAACUACAGUGUAUUUGCUUAUGAUAACAAAGUUUUUAUUUAUUCAUAAAUGCUGUAGGCGAAUUAUGCCUUUGUGUUACGUGGAAUGUACAAUGUUGACUAUCAAUGAGAAUGGUACAGCAGGUGUUUCGCUAUAGCUUAACAAUGGUGAGAUACAUAUAUAUCGUGGUUUUACACUAGUAAUUUAGCAAUUACAAUUAGUAUAAUCAUAAUUUGCUCUGGAACUACCUCAUAACAGUCGAAAAACAGGAACAACAGGGGUUAAUUUAUCAUACCCUGCAUUAAUGUGCAUUGUUCUGAUUAUGAAAAAGGAAAUAUAACACCUAUUUAAAGAGGAUACAUCUUUUUGCUGUAAUGUGAAUGAGUCAUGUUAAAAUACUGGUGAAGCACAUCUGAUUCCUCAACUGACGUCAAAUCUUCUCAAAUAAUUCUAAAAUAUGUAAAUCAUAAUAAUGUUAAAUACAUUCUUUUACAUGGUGUAAUACAGUGAAACCAUCUAAAGUUGGGUCACACUUAAGCACCUCAAAAAAUAAUUUUAACUUUGAAUUGUGGAGGUCAAUUACGACGUCGCUUGUCUGGAAAAUAAUUCAAAAAUGAACGGACAGUCAACGUAAGGGGUUCCACUACUACAGUCAUCUUGAGGGGAAAAAAAGGCACAGCAAACGCAAAGAAAGAAAACCUUCUAAAAAAAACCAUGUUGGUGUAGAAAUCUUCUGAAAGUGACAACACUUGACUUCAUUUGGUGAAAUAUACUUUUUUUAAAAACUGAAAUAUCAAAUGUUCCUUUGUCUGGUCUUGUUCGUUGUAUCUGUAUGGAUUAGAUUAUAUAUUAGGUGGCAUUUCUAUGGUAUUACAUUUACUAGGAUCAUUUCUAUGUCUUAUCUUUCCUCUGGAUUUCAAAUUUUGGCACCAGAACGAAACUGCUUUAUGGUGCAGUUAUAUAUUUUAUACGGCUUAUACUGUAUAUCUAUCACUGAUAAAUACAUAUAUUCUGUCCAACCCUUUGUAUACCAAACAAAUAGUGGUCGUGACUUUAUAUUUCAAGGAAUAUCCUGAAGAACAAAGGAGAAUUAUAUCAUUUUUGUUUCCAGAAAAGAAACAAAAUGUAGUUCUACUAAUGUAUCUUACAUGACACGGAGACGCGUCCUUUCACUAAAUCCAGCAGAAGACGAUAUAUCAUAUGUUGAUUUUUGUUGAUUCAUUUUUUGUGCGAUUAGAUGUUUGAAGCAAAAACCUGUAUUUUUUGCAAAAAGUUAUGUUAUUUUCUCGUUGAUUAAUUCAUUUACGAUGUGCGUUUGGCGAUUUUAUCCUGUUCUCGAAAACAACGAAAUCUACACAACCCCUCCCCUGCUUUGAGGCAGAAGACGCGUAACGCUCUGGAACACAUGGUCCUUGUACUUUUUCAAGGGUAGUACAUUUUUUUUUAUAUCUUUUUGGCUCUGUCAUAUCGAUUUUGAGUUUCAAUUUCGUUAAUCACUUGUUUUUAGACGUGACAGCCUUUACAAUAGAUAUAUUAUAUCACCAGUCUCACUAUCAUCUAUACCCACAUACAUACCCGUAGUUCAUCAGUAUUGUCAACAUCAUAAAAGUGUACUUAAAACUGACUCGUAUUUGUUUCUUCUUCGGUAUCCAUCAUAUGAUUUAAAUCGUCAUAAAACUUUAAUUUUAGAAUAUAGAGUGUUUUUAUUGUAUGUUCAAGCGUUGAUAUAUAUUAGUAUCCUAGUAGACUUGACCUCAUGUCGAAUACUUUUGUUACUUCAAAAUAAAAAGUCAACAAUGUUUACGAUGGGAAGCCGUACAACAGUAGCUGUACAGUCCUCCUUAAUUGAAUCUUAUAUGUUGGUUCCUUCAUGUGUGUCUUUACCGCUGUGUUAAGGCUUUGUUGACACAGAGUCAAUACUCUCGAUUUCACCAGAGAACAUUCCCUAUCUGGAAGCACACAUCUAUCCACCCCCACUUCUAUCUUAAAAGAGGUGCGUAAGCAAGUAAUAAACCGUAUUCAAUCAA